AUGAUAAGAAGGGUGACCAGCACAGAGGAACAGCUGCGACUGGUGUUGGUCGGCCUUCAGGGUGUCGGGAAGAGUGCAGCAGGGAACACCAUUCUUGGCAGUGAAGAAUUUCAAUCAGACAUCAGCUCCAGUGCUCUGACGCAGCGGACUGAAAGCAGGGAAGGUCUGGUAUGUAGAAAAUAUGUGAUGGUGGUGGACACUCCAGGUCUCGGCACACUCUCAGAUACAGAGAUGAAGCAGGAGAUGGAGAAAGCUGUAACCCUCUGCCAUCCUGGACCCCAUUCCUUUCUCAUUGUCAUCCAGCUGGGACGCUUCACGGAGCAAGAGAGGAGCGUGAUGGACAUGCUGGUUGAAAUGUUAGGCUCAAAUAUUAAUCUCUACUGCAUGGUGUUGUUUACUUAUGGAGACAAACUGAAGAACAAAACAAUAGAUGAGUUUGUGAAAGAGGACAAGAACUUGAUGAAACUGAUUGGCAAAUGUAAGGGUCAGUACUAUGUGUUCAAUUAUUCUAACACAGAAAAUAAAGUUCAGGUCAGUGAGCUCUUGGAGAAGAUAGACGCCAUGAUCAGGAAGAAACAGCCAUUUUAUGUAAAGAUGCAUGAGCAGCAGAAACUUCAUGAAGAUCUCCGGAUUGUUGUUUUGGGGAAAACUGGAGUUGGAAAAAGUUCUGCUGGAAACACCAUCCUGGGUGAAGAAGCCUUCAAAUAUGACAUAUCAGCAUCACCUGUGACCAAGGAAUGCUGCAAGGACAUCAAACAAGUAAAUGGCAGGAAAAUUGCAGUGAUUGAUACUCCAGGCCUGUUUGAUCCAAACUUUACAUUAGAGGAGAUAGUAGAUAGGAUCAAGUUCUGCAUCCCUCUCUCUGCUCCUGGUCCACAUGUCUUCCUGUUCGUGGUUCAGCCUGGCAGAUUCACUGAGGAAGACAAGAAGACAGUGGAGAUCUUUCUGAAGGUAUUCGGGGAAGAUGCCAUUCACCACACUAUGGUCUUGUUCACCCAAGGAGACAAGCUUGGUAAAAGAAACAUGCAAGAGUUUGUUCGUCAAAACCAAGAUCUGGCAAAAUUCUUCAACAUGUGUAACCAGAGGCACCAUGUUUUCAACAAUGAGGUGAAGGAUCCUACACAGGUGUUUCAGCUGCUGGAAAAGAUUGACAAAAUGUUGUCAGAAAAUGGAGGAAAUUAUUAUACCAAUGAAAUGCUGCAGAUGGCAGAGCAAGCGAUUGAGGAAGAGAAACAGCGGCUUCUGAAGGAACGUGAAGAGCAGAGAUGCAGGCAGUUUGAGGCUCUGAAGCAGGAAGCUCUGUUUGAAGCUUACACAGAGUUUCAGGAGAAGCAGGAGAGAGAGGCCAGAGAGCAAGCAGAAAAGAAAAACAAGUAUAUUGACAUCAUCACACAGGUUUUGUGGAGUCUCCUUGAGAACUUCCUCACGAAGCGAUUACAAAAUGCAGGAAAAAAUUAA